AUGCAUUGCCAGCCAGGGUCCUCAGAUGUCUUCUUCCAUGUCAGACACAUUCAGACUGCAGUCCUGACAGGGUCACUGCGCUCAUCUGGAUAUGCCGUCACCAGUGCGACACGGAUGUUCACCGGACUAUCCCAGGCUGAGGAACAGUUUCGUUCCAUGUCGAACCCUCAGAGCCGCUCAGUGAGGCUUCUGCUGCUACCGAGAGACUUGAAGAAGGUAUUGGAAAGGACAAGGCACAGACAGAAAGUUCCAGGCUGUUCAUUCUGCCCAGUGACCGAGUUCAUAAUUCUGGGCCUGGCCAAAACACCUGAACUCCGCAGGCUGCUCUUCCUGAUCUUCCUCUUGGUCUACCUUGUGGCUUUCCUUGGCAACAUGCUCAUUGUCGUCGCCAUCGCCUGCAACACCACCCUGCACACCCCCAUGUACGUCCUCCUCCUGGCACUCGCCAUCGUUGACAUCAUCUGCACAACGAGCAUCAUGCCCAAGAUGCUGGGGACCAUGCUGGCCUCCGGCAAGACCAUCUCCUACGGGGGCUGCAUGUCUCAGCUCUUCUUCUUCACGUGGUCCCUAGGGGCCGAGAUGGUUCUCUUCACCGCCAUGGCCUAUGACCGCUACGUGGCCAUCUGCUUUCCCCUCCGGUACAGCACUAUCAUGAGCCACUGCACGUGCGUGACCUUGCUCGGCACCGUCAUGGCCAUUGCCAUAAUCAACUCCGGCGUGAACACAGGUCUCACCCUGAGGUUGACUUUCUGUGGCCCAAACACCAUCGACCACUUCUUCUGCGAGAUCCCGCCACUGCUGGCUCUGUCCUGCAGCCCCGUGAGGGUCAAUGAAGUGAUGGUGUACGUCGCGGAUAUCACCCUGGCCGUGGGGGACUUCGCGCUCACCUGCAUCUCCUACGGCUUCAUCGUCGCCGCCCUUCUCCGCCUCCGCACGGUGCCCUGCUCCUCCCACCUCACGGUGGUGUGCCUGUACUACUCCCCGGUGAUCUACACAUACAUCCGCCCUGCAUCCAGCUACAGCUUUGACAGAGACAAGGUAGUAGCCGCACUCUACACCCUCGUGACCCCCACACUGAACCCCGUGGUGUACAGCUUCCGCAACAAGGAGAUGCAGGCUGGGAUCAGGAAGGUGUUUGCAUCUUUGAAACAUAAUGGUUUGGAGAGAUCUUGCAAGAAUUUCCUCCCUCCUGGAGCUCGUCAGCUCCUUUGUCCUGCCUCUUGA